GUGUGUCGCCGGUGGUGGCAUCAUCGUCACCAGCGUGGCAGUCCCCCGUGAACAAUCAGAGCGCACCGGGGCCACCGUUGAUGAGUCCAGAAAAUCGCAGGGCUAUGGCUGCCUGGACAGCGAGACCGAGCAGAUUAUGGAUGAGGUCCGAAAACAGGUUCAGUUGGCAAUGCAGGGUAGGGACUCGGAGCUGCAGGAGGUGAGCCAGACCCCGGAACCCGAGAGGCCCGAUCAGGAGCUCCAGGCGUUGAACUUGGAGGAAUUCUUGGGGGUGAAGGUGGGGGUGCUAGUAGAGUUCCAAGAGCUCCUCCUGGUCUUGCAGGUCCUGCUGCGGUACCUGGUGGAAUUCCCGUACCACGCAGUGCGCCAGGGGAACUACCAGGACAUUCGAAAGCUGUUGGAGGAAUUCCUCGUCCCUCCCGCGAAGGAGCCCCUGGGCAGUGAUCGGGUGCUUGGGACCUUGCCAGAUGAUUUGGAGGCGGAGGCCUCACCCCUGGAUCUUCUUGUCCAGGGCAUGCGCCAGCUACAGCAAGUGUACCUGGAAAAAAGGGGUUCUCCUGAAACGGAACCCAUCAAGGGGAGCCAGGAGCUCCCACCGCUCCCGGACCUGUUGGGCGAGACCGGAGUGGAGUUCAGUGAUUGGUUGUAUGUGGCCGAGCAAACAGUGGGUUCUCUUUCAGAUUCGGCAGCGGCGAGGUUCGAGAAGACUCUGAAAUGCUCUAAGGAGGCCUACCAGAAGCACCAGACAGCGACACCGAUGGAGAGACUCUCUAUCGCACCAGUGAUGACUUCGGACUUAAAGGAGGGCAAAUGGAACCGGCUUGAACGACGGGUGAUGACUAUGUUGCUGAGUGCUAUGCCCCGAACUGUGCGAGACGAUGCGGUGACGCAUCGGGUGGCAACGGUGUCUGGAGCUUUAUUUCGACUUCAUGUUUUGUACGCUCCAGGAGGUGUGGCCGAGAGGACAGCGGUGCUCAAGCAGUUGGAAGGUGCGCAGGGCACGGACAACGUGGUGGAUACAAUUUCGUCCUUGCGGAAAUGGAGGAGAAAUUUGACACGAGCCUUGGAGAUGAGUGUGUCUCCUCCAGACGCCAGUGUGCUCCUGAAGGGAGUAGAGCUGAUAGCCGGACCUGCUGUACGAAGGCACCAUGACAUGAGCUUCAGACUUAGCCUUGCCCGGAAUGAGCUUCAGCUACAACACCGACCUACACAGGAGACAGUGUUGAAGUACUAUGACCACGUGAUGGCCGAGCUUCAACAAUCUGUGCCCGUCCGAAGUUCUGCGCGAAGCCAAGGAGCAGCGGGUGAUACUCCUCAUCUACGUGCAGUCGGUGGUAACGCCGGGACAGGAGAGGCCGGGAGUCCAACCGCGUCGCCAAGCAAGGCCGGAUCAAAGCAGGGCACUCCAUGCCGUUUCUUCAUGUCGGAUGCCGGUUGUCGUCGUGGCCCCAGUUGCAAGUACUUGCACGACUUUGCGAGCAAGGAGGAGAAGCGGGCGCGGUGCUCAUUGCGGUUCUCGACUUCAUCGCCAAGCAGAUUGUCCGGUGAAGGAUCCUUCCAAGGCCCAGAAGCCGACCUCGCCGAGCGCGACAGUUGGACCCAGAUCCACCAGUACCACAACGACUCCUGGAAUCCAGAGCUACAGAACUUCAUGAAGGAGGUGAACACCAUGCUACAAAGGUUUUCGAGGCUCAACCAGCUCUCCUUGGUGGAUGACAAGACGCUUGCAGCCAAGGUGGAGAAAUUCGAGGCUGAGUCUUUGGAGGGCAAGGGUGGAACGAAAUCGUGGGCAUUGUUGGAUUCAGGAGCGACAAACCCAUUUCGUCCAGCGAACAAGGGCGAGGAGAUGGAAGCCAUGCCGGUUCAAGUACAGCUAGCUGACGGCCAGGCGGUGCUACUACGACAAAAUCGAGCUGGGACAUUGAUGCCGUACAGCAGGAAGCAAGCUGCAGAGAAGGGUGCCAACACUGUUAUAGUGCCUCUUGGAAGCUUGGUGCAGGAGCUUGGAUGUACUGUGGCCUGGACCCGUCGCGGGUUGGAAGUCAAGCACCCCACCUAUGGAGUGAUCACGACUCAUGUGUCAGGGGCUUGCCCAUUUAUUGGGGAAGCGAAGGCUUUGGAGCUGAUAGGCGAGAUAGAGAACAGGAAGUUGGAGCAGUUGAAGGUUGCAAUGGUUGAAACUCAGCUUCGACUACAUGGUGUAGAAGCGCAACUCAACUACGGAGCCCAGCUUUCGGAGUAUCGCCGAACCGGAAGUCGGACUGAAGGCUUGAAGGCCCUGAUGUGUGAGGAUUCAGUCUUCGGGUGUUUGACGGAAGCUCAGAGGUGUGCGUUGGCCCAGGACAUCGACCUCAGCGACAAGGCUGGCCACAAGUACUUGAAGGCUUUGCCUGUGAAGCGCGCUAUGAGGAAGAAAUUGAUGAGCACCCAAUGGUUGGUACACGUCUACUCCGGGGAAGGUGGCAGCAAGGAGCUCAAGGUGUUUGAAGAUGACUGCGUUACACUGCUUGAGGUGGAUUUGGGCAUCAGCAAGGCGUUCAACAUGAGGGAGCCGAGCGGU